GCGGAGGGAAAGGCACACACUCGCGCGCUUUUCCAGCCACUCGCUGCAGAUGCGACUGGACGGGCUCAGGUUUGCGGGGAAUAACUACAAAAUCAACAUUCCUUGUGACUUCUCGUUGGAGUCCGUCCUCACCUUACAAGCACUUCUCAAGCUCUGCAGAAUGAACAGGGCAUUUAACAGGAGAAAGGAUAAACCCUGCAUGCACACACCUGAAGCCUUGGUGAGAAGUCAUGUUGUGUAUAAUACAAAGUUCUUGGGAAUCACAGAGGUGGAGCAGCCCAAAGGGACAGACAUGGUCCGUGUGGCCGUCAGGAAGCUGAAGUUUCAAAAGCACAUCAAGAAGUCAGAGGGGCAGAAAACUCCUAAAGUGGAGCUUCAGAUCUCUAUAUAUGGUGUGAAGAUAUUGGACCCUAAAACCAAGGAGAUGCAGCAUAACUGCCAACUUCACAGAAUGUCCUUCUGUGCAGACGACAAAACAGAUAAAAGAAUCUUCACCUUUAUCUGCACAGAACCCGAGACGAAGAAACACCUGUGUUACGUGUUUGACAGUGAAAAAUGUGCGGAGGAGAUCACUCUUGCUAUCGGACAAGCCUUUGAUCUCGCCUACAAAAAGUUCCUAGAGUCUGGUGGAAAAGAUGUAGAGACAAGAAAACAGAUUGGAAACCUUCAGAAACGAAUUCAGGAUUUGGAGAUGGAGAACUCAAAACUGAAGAAGAAGCUUAAGGAGCUGGAGGAUCAGCUGAUGGAGUCUCACUGCUCGCCAAAGCCGUCUGCCUUGUCCUGGUGUGGUGAUGAUGUCACAUCACUGUCCAGCCUAGAGAUCUCCUCUGUCACUCUAACGCCUGUCAGCUCACCCGAUUCCAGCCAAUCAGCAAGCUUGCUCACCCAGCCUCCUGCUAAGCCCACCCACUCACAGCCCACAAGUGGUUACAUCGUGCCACGACCUCGUGCUGGAAGCAUACAAGCUAGAGCGCCCUCUACUGACAUAUUUGAUAUGGUUCCAUUCACUCCCGAAUCUCCAAUAACAAGACGAUUGAACUGUAACGGCAUCUCAUCUCCGUACCUGCCUCCAAAAAAAGACAGAGAUAUAGACCUGUUUGGAGCAGAACCAUUCGAUCCAUUCAUUUGUGGACCAGCUGUCUUCACCCCAGACAUCCAGUCCAAACUGGAUGAGAUGCAGCGGCAGAGAUGGAGGGGUUCCAAAUGGGACUGACUCUAGAGGGGACGGUGUUUUCCCUGGAUCAGGUGGACAGCCGAUGCUGAUUUUGAAAGACGUUUUUGUAUAUGCUGUGAUUCUUGACCACAAAACCCUCAAAAAAUGUCACAUUAAAUAUUUGAUUUUGAAUUGAGUUUGAAAGAAAUGUAGCAGGAGCCAUAAGAAGGUCUGUAGAGGUCAUUUCUAUUUUUAUAUGCUAAAAUCAGCUGAUUGUACAUACAUUUUAUGAUUUGUGUAUUUUAACUUCUUAAUCUUAUAACAGAAAUUGUUGAAGAAGUGAAAGACAUUUUCUAGAGUUUUGACCAAAUUUAGACUGUUUAAAUUCAAAGAUGCAUUCAUUCAUGGCCAAAAGUUGUGUUUAGAAUCUUUUAUACCAAAUUAUGAAAAAGGUAAGGUGGUUGCAGAGGCAGUUGCUCAUGUUGUAAUGGUGCAAUCAUAAACUUUAAUGUUGUAUCUAAAAUAUUUUAUAGAUUUAUAAGCCUUGAAAUAAAAUCAAAAACUGGUGGGUCUUUCAUGUUCAGCAAGAUCAUUGCUGAGGUUUAUAUUUCCAGAUGUUCAGAUCCUUUUUUACUUUCAUUGAUGGCUGUUUUAAUAUUUGUUAAAUGCGUAUCACUUGCUCUUUGAUGGUGAAUAAAUGAAAACGGAUA